AUGGCUCCCACUGCAAAUAGAACCCUCGAUGGCCACAAGCUACUGGUGCUCCUCGGAGUAACAGGGCCGCCAAAGUCGCUACUUGGUACGGUAUUCCGACCCGAGUGGAUAGCAGAGCUUAACGAGCUGUUUCCUGGACUGGAAAUUGUCACUGUCGGAGAUGCGACGUGGAAUACGCCGUCUUUCCAGAAGAGAUUCCCAGAUGAAGAGUGGAAGGAUGUCACUAUCCUCGUCACCGGGAGUGCAUUACCAACAGCAGACAUUGCUCCAAAGUUGGAGUAUGUGCAGCUGCAGAGUGCUGGUGCGAACCACGUUCUCGGCCAUCCUCUGAUACGAGACACAAAGAUCGCUCUCUGUACAGCGAGUGGUGUGCAUGGACCACAGAUAGCUGAGUGGGUAGUAACAACAUUUUUGGCCUUCCAACAUCAAAUUACUCGAUACGUUGAUAUCCAGCGCCAAAGCCGGUGGCAGAAGUUGGCAGAGCCUGUGAAUGACGCGGUCCAACAGCGAGUUGGCAUUCUUGGGUACGGCGCCGUCGGUCGCCAGGUUGCUCGAGUUCUAAAAGCAUUGGGCAUGGAUGUCUACGUGUGUACUUUACACCCGCGUCUCCUGCCCGAAUCGCGCAGAGAUGAGACUUAUACGCCGGCAGGCCUCGGUGACCCUGAAGGCAUCUUGCCUACCAAAUGGUUCUCGGCUGGGGAUACCGAAGGCUUACAUGAGUUUCUGAGCUCCGGCCUCGAUCUCCUUGUCAUUACCAUUCCACUGACAAAGAACACGCGGGGUCUCAUCUCACGAAACGAAUUAGCUUUGCUUGCUAAACAGAAGACAUUUGUUUCAAAUGUCGGCCGGGGAGAGAUCAUCAAAACAGAUGACUUGUUUGAUGCGCUUGAAGACGGUGUAAUCCGCGGAGCUGCACUUGACGUGACAGAUCCUGAGCCAUUGCCAGAUGGCCACCGUUUGUGGAGUACUAAGAAUCUCUUCAUUUCACCGCACGUCAGUGGAGAUUCUAGUGCUUACGCACAAAGGGUAUAUGAGGUCCUCAAGUAUAACCUCAUUCGACUUAGUGAAGGAAGAGAGCUCACGAACAAAGUGAACAGGAUGGAAGGAUAUUAA